GGAUGCCGACAGCUGCUGAUAGACUUUGGCAAACAGGGCGCACGGGAAUUAUUCCCUCAAUUCCCCCAAUACAAGAGCUGUCGCUACUGUAAAGUAAAUAUUUACAGAGUUAGUCAGAGCAGCUGAAUAAUUUGACUAGACAUUGGAACCCCGUGAUUGACAGUGAUUUAAGGUUUGCAUAACACAAUGCCCACACAGAUUCAGUACUUUAAUUCCUCAGCAGCGAUGACUGGUGUACUACAGCCACAGAUCUCUGAGUGUUCAGUCAGGACUUUUAGGCCAAUAGACCCAUACCCCAUCAACACAGUACCGCGCAUUCGCCCAGCCACUGGAUUUCAGUACAGGGACAUUUUUCCUCCCAGAGGUAAACCUGUAUGGAAUGAUCCCAGAAAAAAGAAUGAACAGUGGACUAGCAGUCUAAGGAAAUACAAAGUCGUUCUAAAUCACAGAACCAUUGAGUCUGUGGUUAGCAGGAAAGCCCCAUUUGCUGCACGGACAAUGGACACUGGCUACAGGCAUAAGGAUAACCGGAUCGUCAGUUUUCCUCAGUAUAAUACUCUCAAUGACCCACAUCUCUUUGACUACUAUGCCAAGAAGUUUGAACUCCAACUGCAGCCACACUGUCCUUCUAAUUCAAGGAAAUCAGCUCCAACACUGAAAAAACUCAGCAGAUCUGGAAGUAUCUCAGAUGGCGACAUAUUGUACAAAGUGACAGUGAAGACAGGACAGAAGAAAGAUGCAGGCACUGGUGCAAAGGUUUUCCUUCAAAUGAAAGGAUCAAAAGGAAAAAUGAACAAGAAACAUCUGUGCAAGACGAAUGUAUCAACUAAAUCUCAGAAGCCUGUAGCCUUUCAAUUCAGAAUGGGAUCAUCUCACACGUUUAAUGUCUAUGGACCAGAAAUUGGGGAACUCCAAAGCAUCACUUUAGAGCAUGAUGGUCUGGAAAAACGGCAGGCAUGGUACGUGGAAGAGGUUUCCAUCAUCAAUACUGCUCGGAACAAGAUUUGGACCAUUCCCUGCAAGAGUUGGCUAUCCCUAUUUCAUACCGAUUGCCAGCUGAGCCGCACAUUCUCUCCAGUCACUGGGAGACGUAAUGAAUACACCGUUUAUGAAGUUGUAACUGUAACGGGUGACGUCCGAGGAGCCGGAACCGAUGCCAAUAUCUUUGUCACUCUCUUCGGCGAGUAUGGGAUAACGCCAAAGGUGCACCUGACCAGCAAAAGUAGAACUGCCUUUGAGAAAAACAAAACCGAUGUUUUCCGGAUCAAGACCAACAAUGUGGGGCCAAUAAAGAAAAUAAGGAUCGAACACGACAACACAGGAAUGAGUGCCAGUUGGUUCUUGGAUCGGGUUGUGAUCACCGAUAUGAACCGUCCCCACCUCCGUUUUUAUUUCCCUUGUAACCAAUGGCUUAGUAAAGAGGAAGGAGAUGGACUCUACGUGCGGGACCUACUAGGAAGUUUGAACCCAAUGGAUGUACCCAAAUUAAACAAGUACAUCGUGAGUGUGUUUACAGGUGAUGUCAAAGGCAGUGGCACUGAUGCUGAUGUCUUCAUCAAUAUUUUUGGUGAACAUGGAGACACAGGGGAAAGACGACUGGACAAUGACAAAGACAAUUUUGAAAGAGGAAGUGAAGACAAGUUCACAAUUGAAUCACCCAAUCUGGGACGCCUGAAAAAAAUUACGAUUGGUCAUAAUAGCAAAGGAUCCUCAGCUGGCUGGUUCCUGGACAAGGUGAUUAUAGAUGACAUUGGAAAUAAAACUGUUGUCGAAUUCCCAGUGAAUCGUUGGUUUGCACUGGAUGAAGAUGAUGGUAAAAUUCAACGGGACAUUCUGGUUGGGGGAAGUCAGACCACAGGGAUUAUUUACAAUGUUUCUGUAGUAACCGGUGAUAUCAGAGGAGCUGGGACUAACUCAAAAGUGCAUAUCAUUCUCCAUGGAUCCAAGGGUCUUAAAAACAGUGGAAAGAUUUUCCUGGAAGGUGGCCAGUUUGAACGUGGAAUAACAGACAUUUUUAACGUGGAGUUGGCUGCCCUGCUCAGCCCACUCAGCAGGGUUACCAUCGGCCAUGAUAACUGUGGUGUCAGUUCAGGAUGGUUCUGUGAGAAGGUUAUAGUUUACUGUGCAUUCACUGGCAUUGAACAGACAUUUCCCUGCAGAAAAUGGCUGGAUGAAGAUGAAGGAGAUGGGCUGAUUGAACGUGAACUCUAUGAAAUGGUUUCACUGCGACAGAAGAGACAGAAAAAAAAUCCAUGGUCAUUGUGGAUCUGGACAAGCGAUAUUAAGAAUGCAGGAACAGAUGCGAAUGUUUUCCUCCAGCUGUAUGGUAACAAAGGGAAAUCAGAUGCGAUGUGCCUGGACAACAAUUCAGACAAUUUUGAAACUGGACAAACAGAUAAGUUUAUGAUUGAACUCCCAGACCUGGGAACCAUUUACAAGCUGAGAAUCUGGCACGAGAAACGACAUCCUUUUGCUGGUUGGCAUCUGAACAAAGUGACUUUAAUGAAAUCACUGACAAAGGAGAAAUAUAACUUCAAAUGUGGCCGAUGGUUGGAUAUCAAUGAGGAUGACAAUGAGAUUAUACGGGAGUUGCCUGCUGAGGGGGACUGUGUUGAUGAAGUCCAACCUUUGGUGAAGUACCGGGUUAUUAUCUACACUGGCAAAGUGGGUGGCAGUGGCACAGAUGCCAAUGUCUUCAUUUGCCUGAUCGGCCUGCAGGGAGACACAGGCGAGCGGGUGCUUUAUGACAGCAAGAAUAACGUCAACAAAUUUGAGAAGGGCAACGCGGAUGAGUUUAUUAUUGAGGCAGUAAGUCUGAAGAAAGUGAUGAGGGUGAGAAUAGGACAUGAUGGGAGAGGUGGAAGUUGUGGCUGGUACCUUGACAAGGUUGUCAUCAAAGUGGAAGGAGCUCCAGAGGCGCAGGCUGUGGAAUUCCCGUGUUACAGGUGGCUGGAUAAAGGUGAGGAUGAUGGCCAAAUUGUUCGAGAGCUGGUUCCCCUCGGAGAUGCUCAGAUGCUUAAAAAUAUCCGUUACCAUGUUACAGUGAAGACAGGCAAUGUGUCUGGAGCUAGCAGUGAUUCAAAAGUUUUCAUCAAACUGUAUGGAGAGAAGGGAGAUACCAGCAAGCAUUCCCUAGCCAUCUCCGACAAUGACCUGGGAAAUUACUUUGAACAAGGCCGUGUGGAUGUUUUCAUUAUUGACACAAUGGACAUUGGAAAACUAAACCGUUUAUUGAUUGGACAUGACAACGUGGGACUGCAAGCUGGUUGGUUCCUGGAUAGUGUCCAAGUUAAAGUUCCUGUACAUGGGAGAGAGUACAUGUUCCCUGCUCAUCGAUGGCUGUGCAAGGACGAGGCAGAUGGCAAGACCGAGAUUGAAAUAUAUCCCAGUGAGAUCAGAGAUAUUGAAAAGUUGAUCAAUUACGAAGUAGCAGUACGCACAGGAGACGUCACUGGAGCUGGCACUGAUGCCAAAGUCUUCAUCCAGAUAUAUGGAGAGGUUGGAAAGACAGAAGUAGUCCGCCUUCGAAGUCGGUCAGACAAUUUUGUGCGAGGAGCGACAGAGAUGUUUAAGGUUGAGGCCCGGAAUGUUGGCAGGUUGAUCAAGCUCCGAAUUGGUCAUGAUGGAAGUGGCUUAGCUCCAGGCUGGUUCCUGGAGUCAGUCACAAUCAAUCGACUAAACUUCAGGGUCGUGGAGGAUGACAAGAAGAAGAAGAAAAAGAAGAAGAAGGUUGAGAAGGAUGCUGAUGGCCUGCAAGAAGAGGUGGUGGAGACCUACACCUUCAACUGUCAGCGCUGGCUUGCCAGAGAUGAGGGAGACAGAGAGCUCGUGGUGGAGCUCUUGCCAGAGGAAUACGAUGACCUGGAAGAAAACUCAUACACAGUUCACGUAAUUACUGGAAAUGUCAUGGGUGCAGGAACAGAUGCCAAUGUCUUCAUUAACAUCUAUGGUGAGACAACAGACACUGGAGAACGUAGCCUGAAGAUGUCAAACCACCUCAACAAGUUUGAAAGAGGACAGGAAGAUAUAUUUUUGAUCAAAGCCAUUGACCUAGGUGUAUUAAGGAAACUACGCAUUCGACAUGAUAAUACGGGAGGAAAUGCUGCCUGGUUUCUGGACAGGGUGGAAAUUGUUGAUGAGAAGGACGACACUACGUAUUUCUUCCCUUGUGAACGAUGGUUAGCUGUUGAUGAAGAUGAUGGCCAGAUAGCAAGAGAACUCGUUCCUGUAGAUGAGGCAUUCCUGAACAAAGGUUCAGACAGAGCCAAACAAUCUCAGGCAACACUAGGCCUCGAACAGAAAGCUCAAUCCACCACCUACACCGUGAGGGUAAAAACUGGAGAGAAGAAGAAUGCAGGGACAGAUGCCAAUGUGUUCAUCACCCUGUUUGGUGAGAAGGAUGACACAGGAAUUGUAAACCUCAAAGCAUCGAAAACUUACAAAAAUAAGUUUGAGAAAGGAAAUAUCGAUGAAUUCACUAUCGAGGCUGUGGACAUUGGAGCACUGAAAAAAAUCCGUAUUGGACACGAUAAUCGCGGAGGCUGUGCUGGUUGGUUUUUGGAUUGGGUAGAAAUUGAUGCCCCAUCACUUGGACAAAUACUGCGCUUCCCAUGUGGACGUUGGUUGGAUAAAUCUGAAGAUGAUGGAUACAUAGUACGAGACCUCUUCCCUGCAGAUCUACAGACUAAAGACUAUGUUCCAUUUGUUCCAUAUGAGAUCACUGUUUACACCUCUGACAUUUAUGGAGCUGGUACUGAUGCUGAUGUCUUCAUCGUCCUUUAUGGAAGAGAUGGUGCUUGUACCCAUCAGAAGUCUUUAUGUCUUAACAAGCGGGAGCGAAAGAUGUACUUUGAAAGAGGCGCUGUAAAUAAGUUUGUUGUAGAGUUGGAGUAUGUUGGUGAAUGCAUCGAGAAGAUUCGAAUUGGACACGAUGGUCGAGGUAUCAAGUCUGGAUGGCACUUGGACCGUGUGGAAAUCCGUCGACUCCUGCAGAAGGGGAAGGGCUCGGAGACUAUUACUUUUCCCUGUGAGCGCUGGCUGGCAAAGUCCGAAGAUGAUGGAGAAAUCAUCCGAGAGCUGGUGCCUUUGGAGAUCGUUCAGACAAAGCUGCUGAAAGAUGGGACACUGAAGCACAGUGAGUCUACCGUGGAGGAUGCCCUGGAAACUCACACAUACAAGAUUAAUGUGUACACGGGUGAUGUCUACAGAGCAGGAACAGAUGCAAACGUUUUCCUCACAAUCUACGGAGAUCUGGGAGAUACUGGAGAAAGGAAGCUGAGCAAAUCGGAGACACACACCAAUAAGUUUGAACGAAACCAGGUUGAUACAUUCACAAUGGAAGCUGUUGAUCUCGGACAAGUUUUCAAGAUCAAGAUCCGUCAUGAUAACACUAUGGCAAGUCCCGACUGGUAUUUGGAGAAAGUGGAGGUGGUUGACGUGGAUUUGGAGGAGAAUUACUUAUUUGUAUGUGAACGCUGGCUUUCAAAGACAAAGGAGGACAAGAAAAUUGAAAGAACACUGUUUGUGAAGGGUUAUGAAGGAGAUCGAUCAAGUAUUUACAGUUCUGCUAAAAGCUUACAUGGCUCCUCAUUGAGUGUCCGAAACAUCAACAAUAGUGCCCUCACCAAGAAGGGUAAACGGAAAAGUAUUAUUGAAGACACAAUUGAGGAAGGACCUAACAUUCCUUAUCACAUAACAAUUACCACAGGCCAGGAAAGAGACGCUGGCACCAAUAGCCGUGUAUAUAUCAUUAUCAUGGGGCCGAUGAGGAUUCAGACUUCACGAAUGUGGCUGGACCUUCCUGAAGGGAAGAAUGCAUUUUUGCCAGGAUCCAUGGAAAAGUUCCAGGUGAUGGGGUUGGAUGUUGGUGAGAUUAAGAAAAUUGAGUUGGGUCACGAUGGUGCCACCCCAGAGAGUUGCUGGCUAGUGGAGGAGUUGGAAAUCUCAGUGCCGACUAAAGGCAUCAUGUAUGUCUUUCGUUGCAAAUGCUGGCUUGCCAAAGACAGGGGUGAUGGACUGACAGCACGGGUAUUCAACAUUCUUGAUGCAGAAGCUGUCCAGAUUGGACAAAAGAUCUCUUAUGAAAUAACUGUGAUUACUGGUGAUGUCCAAAAUGGUGGUACAGAUGCCAACAUUUACAUGUCUGUCUUUGGAGCCAAUGGGAGCACAGAGGAGAUGCUACUUCAUAAAAAUGGAGACAGAUUUGAAAGAGGCCAACAGGACACCUUCUCCAUAGUGAUUGCAGAUAUUGCUCCUCUCCGGAAAAUAAGGAUUCGCACUGACAGUAAAGGAUAUCGUCCCGACUGGUUCCUGGAUAAGAUUAUCAUGCUGAACCAGGCCACCCAGGAAGUGACCACAUUUACCUACAAUGACUGGCUGUCCAAAACACGGGGCACCAAGAGGUCAACUAGCUGUGAGCUGGCGGCAGUGAUUGACGAUGAAGUGAUGAUGGAGAAAACCACGUACAUCAUUACUGUAAAAACCAGUGACAUUUCAGGGGCGGGAACUGAUGCCAACGUAUUCCUUAUCAUCUUCGGAGAGCACGGUGACACUGGCACCCUGGCACUGAAGCAGUCUAAUAAUUCCAACAAGUUUGAGCGGAAAUCCACAGAUAUUUUUAAGUUUCCAGAUAUGUUAAGCCUGGGAGACCUGUCUAAGGUUCGAAUUUGGCAUGACAACAAGGGACCAGGAGCUGGCUGGCACUUAGAGUAUGUGGAAGUAAAGGAUGAAGCCAUGGAGGAAACGUUCCGAUUCCCCUGUGACCGCUGGCUUGCCAAGAGUGAGGAUGAUGGGCAGAUCAUCCGUGAACUCCCUUGCGCCAAUAAUGACAUUUUGGAUCUUUCGGACCGCACACGCUAUGAAAUCCUCACUGUGACGGGUGAGGGAGAUGAUGCUGAGACUAAGGAAAAUGUCUGGGUUAUGUUUGAAGGGAAAAAAGGAAAAUCCAAAGAAUUCACACUGGAAAACUCCUCCAAGAAAAGAAAAUUUCUGAGAGGUGCAAAGGACAAAUUUGAAUUUUCUUCAAAGAACGUUGGUGAUAUAGCAACAAUCUGUGUGGGUCACUGUCCACGAGAUGGAAGGAAAUUUUCAUCAAAGAAUGCUGCAGAAUGGCAUGUUAAGGAGAUUAUUAUUACAGAAAAGGAGCUUGGUAACAAAUAUGUGUUCCAAUGUAAUGCAAGAAUAAAGCUGAGCCAUAAAAGAGAUGAAUUCAAGGCCUUUGAGUGUACAAAAACCAUGGAGAGCUUUGCCAGUAAAGUCCGCAGUUUAGUGCCUGUCAAGUAUGAGAUUAUUGUCAUCACUGGAGAUGUAAAAGGUGCUGGAACUGAUGCCAAUGUAUCCAUCACUAUUUACGGAACUAAUGGAGACUCGGGCAGUCACAGGCUGAAGCACAAAUUCCGGAAUCUGUUUGAGCGGGGCAACACAGACCGGUUCAUUCUUGAAAUGUUGGAUCUGGGAGAGUUGCACAAGGUGAAAAUUGAGCAUGACAACAGCAAUGCAAAUGCAGGCUGGAUGCUAGAACGUGUUGAGAUCACCAACACCGCCACAGGAGUGACUACCAUCUUCCCAUGUGGCAAAUGGCUGGACAGGAAAAAGGGAGAUGGGCAAAUAUUUAGAGAACUAUUCCCAAAAUAUUAACUCGU